GGUUGAAUUAGAAAUGGCGCGAAAUUAUAAGGAGCAUAGCACAAAUUCUUGAGAAUUCGACAUGGGAGCAUGUAUUAUUCAGGCCGUCCAGCUGAAACGAGGGACUUUGUAAACAAAAGCAAUGUCUCGACUGAAAGGAAAUUUCAAAAUGGAGGUUUCGACGAAACAAACAUCAGGCAAAGGCUCUACAAAUAAUGCGUUGAAUAUGGCUAAUAAUACAAAAGUUGCAGCACUUAAAGGUGGCCAAAUGAUAAAUGACAGACUUGAAAAGUUAAAGAAAUGGCGUGAGGAGAAAGAAGCGAAAAACAGAAAACCGCUUGGAAAUGUCAAUGGACAACACACAAAUAAACAAACAACCAUGGCAACAAAGAAGCCAGUUGCCAUAGGCAUAAAACAAUCUGUUUCCAUGGCUACAGUUCCUAGAAACACCAUGAGUAAUACACUCAGGGAAAGUGUUAAUGCAAAAAGAAAACCUGAAACUUUGGAUAGGAAUGAUGCACCCGCUAAAAAGAUGCGAACAAGUCUUGCGACUUCAAAGAAGGUACCAUUGGAAAAAGACAAUGCAGAAAUGAGCAAAAAAUUGGAAGAAUGGAAGAUGAAGAAAGCAGCACAGACUAAGGUGACAGCAGCUACUGUAUUGGAAAGGAGGAAAACAUACAUUCCCGGAGGUUUCACUGCAGUACAAACUAAAGACGCACAGAAGUUUCCCCCGUCCUCGAGAAAACUGCAGUUAAAUGAAAGACGCUACACAUUUUCAGCAGCAGUGCCUGGUGCAAACUUCAAAAAGACCAUAACGAUCGAAAAAUCUGUCGCCAAAUCGGGCAGACGUCUUAGCAUAUCUAAAACUGUCACUACAACAAUUGAGCCCAAAGAGCCAAAGAAAACAGCUGGAAAGGUUUUGGAGAGAAAAAUUCCGGGAACAAAUUCCACGAGGGGAGUGUCAACUGCAAGAAUUGUUAAACCUGUGGAGAAAAAGAACAAUUUGGGUGCGUCAUUAAAGAGCAUGAAACCCAAUAAGCAACCCAUAAGCAGAGUGGGAAUUAUAACAGCCACAAAGCAGCCUAUAGGCAGUGUCAGUGUUAAAUCAACCACAAAGCAGUCAAUUGGCAGUAUGGGUGUUAAAUCAGCCACAAAGCAGCCCAUUGGCAGUAUGGGUGUUAAAUCAGCCACAAAGCAGGCUAUAGGCAGUGUCGGUGUUAAAUCAGCCACAAAGCAGCCCAUUGGCAGUGUGGGCGUUAAAUCAGCCACAAAGCAAGCAGUAGGCAGUGUGGGUAUCAAGGCACAUAAGGGGGC